CCGCCGAGCGCGCCGCCAUGCAGCCCCCCAGCCUCCCGCUGCUCCUGCUCGGCCUGCUGGCCGCGCCCGCCGCCCCGCUGCUGCGAAUCCCGCUGCACAAGUUCAAGUCCAUCCGCCGGACCAUGUCGGAGGCGGGCGGCCCCGUGGAGGGCCUGAUUGCCCCGGGCCCCAUGACCAAGUACACCCAGGGGGCGCCCACCAUGGCCAGUGGGCCCAUCCCCGAGAUGCUCAAGAACUACAUGGACGCCCAGUACUACGGGGAGAUCGGCAUCGGGACCCCCCCACAGUGCUUCACAGUCGUGUUCGACACCGGCUCCUCCAACCUGUGGGUCCCCUCCGUGCACUGCAAGUUACUGGACAUCGCCUGCUGGGUCCACCACAAGUACAACAGCGCCAAGUCCAGCACCUACGUGAAGAAUGGCACCACCUUCGACAUCCACUACGGCUCGGGCAGCCUCUCGGGGUACCUGAGCCAGGACACCGUGUCGGUGCCCUGCAAGUCCGAGGCGUCCGGCGUGGCCGGCGUCAGGGUGGAGAGGCAGACCUUCGGGGAGGCCACCAAGCAGCCGGGCAUCACCUUCAUCGCGGCCAGGUUCGACGGCAUCCUGGGCAUGGCCUACCCCCGCAUCUCCGUCAACAACGUGGUGCCCGUGUUUGACAACCUGAUGGAGCAGAAGCUGGUGGAGAAGAACAUCUUCUCCUUCUACCUGAACAGGGACCCGAACGCACAGCCAGGGGGCGAGCUGAUGCUGGGGGGCACCGACCCCAAGUUCUUCACGGGCCCCCUGGUGUACCACAACGUCACCCGCAAGGCCUACUGGCAGAUCCACAUGGACCAGCUGGAGGUGGGCAACGGCCUGACCCUGUGCAAGGGGGGCUGCGAGGCCAUCGUGGACACCGGCACGUCCCUCGUGGUGGGCCCCGUGGCCGAGGUGACGGAGCUGCAGAAAGCCAUCGGGGCGCUGCCCCUGAUCCAGGGCGAGUACAUGAUCCCUUGUGAGAAGGUGUCCAGCCUGCCCGAGGUCACCCUGAAGCUGGGAGGCCAGAAGUACACGCUGUCCGCCGAGGACUACACGCUGAAGGUGUCGCAGGGCGGGAAGACCAUCUGCCUGAGCGGCUUCAUGGGCAUGGACAUCCCGCCGCCGGGCGGGCCCCUCUGGAUCCUGGGCGACGUGUUCAUCGGCCGCUACUACGCCGUGUUCGACCGUGAGGAGAACCGGGUGGGCCUGGCUCAGGCUGCCAAGUUGUAGCUGCCGCCCGGCUCGCACGGACCCGGGGCCCCCGCCCGCCGCCGUCUCACACACACACUCGCCCGCGCCCGCGGGCCUCUGGACGCCGCAGGCCCCGCCGGCCUGCAGUUCUGUUCUGUGGUCCCCCCCUGGUUUCAGGAAGGCCGGCUGUGCGCGCCUGCCCGCCCGGCUCCCCGUCCGUCUGCCCGUCCGUCUGGGGCGGGGCUGUGGGCACAGAUGAGGGCCGUGCCGCCCACCCUGCCCCAGCCUCCCUCCCACCCGUGCUCCCCGCCCCCCUCCCUCCCGAGUCCCCGCUCCUCCCCGGCUGGGCCGCCCCCGCUGUCCUCUGUCCCAGCCUGGCCGGUGGGGCAGCUGCGGAGGGCCGGCUGAGACCAGAGGACAGCAGGAGGGAGCCGGGCCUGCCCAGGGCGCCCGCCAGCCGAGGGAGGUGCGGCGCUGGCCUCUCGGCCGCCCCUGCAGCCGCGGGAGCCACAGUCGACAUAAAGCACAGCUGUCCGGCCU